UCUAUUUUUGUGUGAAAAUCUUAAUGCGGUUCAUAGAAUACAUCCACUUACUAAGUUUGAACAGUACAGCUCUUAUAGUUUCGGAAAAAAGUGGCUGUGACAGAAUCGGACAGACAGACGGACAUGACGAAUCUAUAAGGGUUCCGUUUUUUGCCAUUUGGCUACGGAACCCUAAAAAGUAUACUUCAAGAUCAUCAAUGUGAUUUAUAAUUUCAUCGACCUUCAGCCGGCCCCUCGCUCUCCCAACUCAAGUGUCACGCGGUACAGACGCACUGCUUAAGACCUCCAACACCUAGGCCUCCAACAAUCCCCACUCGUUGCGAAUUUUCGCACUUGUAUCGUAAUGUACUAUUUUAUGAUGCGGAACCUAUAGGGAUGUAGUUUUGUUCUUGCUUGACUUGCUUAAUUAUAUCGAUCAUGGAUUGUACUGUCAUGCCAUGAAUAGUUUUAAUAGCUAGACUUAAUUGAAAUAAAUUAAGUAGUACAAAGAUUUUAUUUGCAGGAAUUAUGGCCGGCCGGGUAUAGUGUGAUGGACAUAAAACGGCAUAAAAAUCAGCCUAAUUCAACAUUUUAGGAUAGUAAAUAGAUAACUACAUAAGUAUAUAUAACGAACCAGAAAUCUAAAAAAUUUACUGCGUAUGCCCGCGGCGUCGCUAGCGGAUAAAUUGUUAAUUAAACUACCAAACAUAGAUAAAUGUAAGUAUAAUGGAGAAAGGUAUAAAACAAGUUAUUAGUUCUUCUUGACUCGAGAUGAGCACACGCACGGAAAAAUCAAAAAUAUCCACCAUACCGUGGUCCUUCGAGCCGGAUAUGAUCAUACUAUCGUUAUCGUUGACUAAGUAAGACCAUGUAGGAAGGGCAGGCAAGUCAAAUUUUACAUUUCCAAGUUAUGAAUAGUAGUAUAGUUACAGUUUCAUUCGCACAAACCUAAAAUAAAAUAGUAAAUAAUAGUAAAUGCAAAGAUCGUUCCGUGUAAAGACUUUAACAGACGAGCGUACCGGACCGCGACCUUGGUCCGGUCAUCAUAUCUCUUUCUCGCUCUCACUUAUAGCUGCAUUCUUAACGGACGUAUCGCGGACCACCUUACACACGAUCGAACGUGCACCAGGGUCGCGCGCCGGUGCGGCCGUCUGUAAAUACUAUAACUAAGGUCUAAAGGCCUUGGCCUUUACUCAAUUUGCAAAAAAUCGCAUGUGAUUUUUGAUAGAUUGCGCCUUUUGUUCGAUCAAUUGAAUCUUGAAUCUAAUACUCACUAGCUCACUUCUACUAAUACUCAUGCGGUAUGUUUCAAGAUGAGUAGAGGCCUUUACUCAUCUUGAAACAUAUCGCAUGAGUAUUAGUAGAGGUCAUUUGUGAGUAUUGUAUUCUUUGGUAGAGGCUCUGUCUUCCAAACACAACACAGACAUUGUAAUUAUUAUUCCGAACGUACCUAUCUAAAAUCUACCGAGUGUCAUUAGUGUCAAUGUCAAGUCAACUUCCAUUGAAUCCAUUGGGUUUUCAUAGGUUUUUCUUCACUUUUUCUCGGGUUUGGGCGAUCACUUUGUUGAUGACAAUAAUAUAUAUUCGUCAAAUAAUAUAGUGAGCCAAGUCAAGUAAUAAUAACAGAGUGAAAAAAUACCAAUUAUUUAUAGUAGUUAUAAUCAAAUAUCAUAGCGAAAUGGAGGAAGAAACCUGUGCAAUAAAGAGCCUGCCGAACGAAAUAAUAACAUUGAUACUAGAUAGAAAUGAAAUCCGCGAUAUUCUGCGGUUCGGUGCCACUUGCAAGCGAUUUCACGACUUUGUUAGGAGUAAUCAAUACUUAUGGAAAGAAAUGGCUAAACGAACGUUACCAGAGUACCUAUUUAAGAUACUUGAAGAAUAUACUGAAGGAGAUUGGUUGAUUGAACUGAAAGGCUAUCACACGGUGAAGAAGCAGGUGUAUUUGGAGCUUAUUGCAAUGUCACCACAAUUUUACGGGCGGGAUAAUGAUAUUAAUAUUCAGGAUGUGAGACCCUUCUUUAAAGCAGCCCUAGUCAACAGAUUCAGCUUCAAUUUUGCAAUACACAUUCUACAAGAUGUAAUCAGAAAAGGCAAUAUUAUGAUUAAUAAUAAUUGCAAGACAGUCAAGAAGCCCUUCACUUUGACGGAAAUGCACUAUGCGAAGAUUGUUCUGAGGCAUUUAAUUCACACAUUCCUAUCUCUAAAGUGGGUGAGGGCUCAUGUGAACAAUGAACUGUCACCCGUAGCUGUCAGUAACUUCUUCAUUCAGUGGGUUGACACCCUCCACAUACACCCUGAUGAAAAUAUUGAAAUAAGGAUAAAUGACUUGGUUGAGAAAGUAAAAAUUAUUUUGCGUGAAGAUGAAAUUAAAAAAGCCGCUGUAGAAGAUGAUGUAGAGAAGCAACGAAUUACUGAAAGAGAUAUUCUUUCAGCCGUUACGCAAGUAGUGUAUCAUGACAGGCAUAUGGCUAUUACCACUGCAGCUAAUUUGGACACCCUGGAUAUUGUCAAGGUCCUGGACAAUAAAUGUGGAAACGUGCUAGUGGUUACUGCAAUCUACCAGGCAGUCGCCAAGAAAUGCGGCGUGAACUGCGAGCUCAUCGCGUUCCCCAACCACCUGUUUUUGGAGUGGCGCGAUAACUCCGAUCCCAGAAACCCGCAGGUAUUUACAGUGGAGCCUUCCAGCGGGGAGCUGAAUCGCCGCCGCCGCUGCCCGUUCUCGCAAAAUGGGCCGACGACCAACUAUCGCUAUUGCCCGGAUUCUCUUCUCCAGUUUAUCUGCUCGUCGUUCCAUAUGAGCAUGGGAGCUAUUCGUAACUGGAAUACACUCAAUGCUUUGCACCUUUUGGAUUUCCUGGGAUCGAAUCGAAGUACACACAGUUCAUACAAGAAUUUCCUGCCAUAUUUACUUGACCCAACCCAUAUGUCAGCGAUGACUUCUCCUCUCAACCUGAAGCACUUGAGUACUCCUCAUAUUGAGAUAAUUAGAGCACUCUCCAGGAAUGAAGUGCCCGUGGAUUGCUACAAGAAGCGAUUCUCUAUAAGACAUCGUACGAGUAACGUGAAGUACGCCGUGGGGAUGACGUGCUACCACACCAGAUACGACUACGUGUGCAUAAUUCGCAGCUGGGACCUGCACUGCGCGCUCAAAUGGCAGAGCCAGAUGACGGCCGAGAGCCUGUACUUUGGCGUCAUGCAGCCGUUCUACAACGUCAUCGCGGCGGACCAGUCGGAGCGUUAUGUACCCCAAGAGUUUCUAAAGGAGUUAGAUCGGCCCAACCGUCUCUACCACCUCGAGGAAGUGAUAGCGACAGAGUUCACCCAUUUCGACGGUUUCGCGUACGUCCCCAACGACGAGAAACGGGCGGAGUUCCCGGACGACGAGCCGGUCGUGAACGUGUACCGCGAGCGAGCCGAGCUCCUCAACUAGACCACCACGUGAUCAUCGCAUGGUGUAAUGCCUAUUGAUUGGCACGGAAUUAUCGACACUGUUGCUUUGAAAUUAGGUUGAACAUGCCAAUAAUGAGGUUUAAAGCUAAAUGUGACCUCGGCCGGAAAAACGUCCACUUUGUCGCUUGCCAUAAGGAUAUUUUCUUGUGUCUCUAUACGAAUAACCUCAAGGUGUCCUUAUGGCAAGCGGCAAAGUGGGACGUUUUGCCGGCCGCGGCCACAAAUGCUCGCCACAGAUGACGCCAAUGGGGCUGACUUCCCUUGACAGAUUAGAUGACAUAAGCUAACGUGUGUUCAAAUGCCUCCAAGAUAUUUUUGGGGGUUUUCAUAAUAGUGAACGAUAUAGUUGAGCAAAAGGUAAACCAAGCAGCACACACACCUGUCAGUCAAUAUACCUUUUUGAGGGCGCUAUUGGCAGUUUUGAAACCCUUUGGAGAAGUGCCGACAAUAGGUAGAUUUAGCCUAUAAAUAGCUAACUGCCAGGAAUACAGGGCUGUAUCAUUCCCUAAGCUCGCGAUCCACGCGAGUAUUUUUUAUGAUACAUAUAACUAAUGUUGUCUUUUUACCUUGAGUGUCUGUCUAUUCUAAUCGUAGUGUUUAGCUAUUUUGUAAUCGGAUCGAAGACAAUAUAUUUAAGUUCAGAUAAUUUUAAUUAUAUGUUACCUCAUAAUGAUAACCUCUAAGAUUUAUAUAAUAUUUCAAAAUAUAAGAAUGUUACGAUUAAGAAAUAUUUUAGAAAAAAAAUGUUUAAAAUCAUAAGGAUAUAAAGAAAGAAAAAAAAAGCAUGUAUAUAUAUAUUAAGGGCCCAUUUAGAAGGUGCGAGAACUCGCGCGCGAGCUUCAUUACAUUGCGGUAUUUGAUCGGUCGGCCGAAUUGUUGUAACCUCAAUAGUCCGCAAUGUAACUAAAAUCGCAUGCGAGUUCGCGUGCCGUCUAAAUCAGUCCUAAGUAUAGCUAAAAAUCUGACUAGCUGUUUUCGACGUUAGCACAAGUCGUCUACAAGGGAACGCCAUCAAACACAAAAUAAGCGUGUGUAAUUAUUGAAAACAUGCCUAAGUAGAGGCAGACUAUAUGUCUCCCACAAGAAGUACACAUCUGGUCAUCAGU